GGACUGACUCAGUUUUUUAUAAGAGAGAGUGACUCGCUGCAUCCUAAAACAAAAUCCAUCCCAGAUGGAGAGCUCACACCACCAAAUUUUAAAACCAUUCCUUCCCGCCGACGAUCAUCGCUUCGAAUUCGAACUCUACACCAUCCCCGGCAGCUCCGGUUGGUUUUCCUGGGAUAACAUUCACGAAAUCGAGAAAGCUUCACUCAAGGAGUUUUUCGACGGAACUUCGUUUACUAGAAACCCUAGGGUGUAUAAAGAGUAUCGAGAUUUCAUUAUUUCCAAGUAUCGGGAAGAUCCUUCUAGAAGGCUAACCUUCUCCGAAGUCCGGAAAUCCUUGGUAGGCGACGUUAAUUAUCUUCUUAAGGUGUUUCUGUUUCUCGAAAAGUGGGGGUUGAUUAAUUUUGGUGCUCCAUUGCCGUCGUCGUCGGUGAUUGGUGGUGAAGAUGGUGAUUUGGUUAGGGAGGACGAGGAGGCAGGGAGGUGGAAGGUUAAGGUGGAGGAAGGGCCUCCUCAUGGGGUUAGGGUUGUUGCGAUUCCAAAUUCGUUGAAGCCGGUUUCAUUGCCGGCUAGCGUGACUUCUAACAACGGCUCCCGUUUUGCUGACAGUGAUUUUAAAAUGCCACCGCUUUCUUCUCAUUCGGAUGUUUACCAGGAAUUGAUAGAAUUGGUCUGCGAGAGUUGCAAGGAGCGGUGCGAGUCUGGUCAUUACGAGUACACAAAGGAUGCGAGUUCCAUCAUUUGUAUCAAGUGCUUCAAAAAUGGAACUUAUGGAAAGAACAAGUCUAUUGAUGAUUUCAAGUUUGUCGAUGACAAUCCUGAUGAUGGAAAUCGUGUUGCUGUGUGGACUGAAGCAGAAACAUUACUUCUUUUAGAAUCUGUUUUGAAGCAUGGAGACGACUGGGAUCUUGUGGCGCAAAAUGUUCAAACCAAGAGUAAACCAGAGUGUAUUUCCAAACUUAUACAAUUACCUUUCGGUCAGCUUAUGUUGGGAUCUGCAUAUGAUAGAUGCAGAUACCGGGACACCAAUAGUAAUAUAAACAACCAGAAACGAGGACAAGUAGGCCCACCAGCACCUCAAGAGACUAAAGAUAUCAGAAUUCAACAUAUUGAACUUGAAAGCAAAGCUCAAAGUCAACAGAACGGUGAUGCUGAUAGCGAAGGCCCCCCUCCAAAGAGAAUAUGCAUUGCACCGAUUUCAGAUUCCAGCAACUCAAAGAUGGAGCAGACAGAUAAUGAAGUAGAACAAGUAGCACCAUCUUUAGUUGUCCCUGAAGAGAUUAGAGAAAAUGAAAGUCAAGUUUGUGAGCUAAAGAAUCAUAAGCAGCAAGAUGGAGAUCUAGAUGACCACUGUCCUCCGAAGAGUGAUCGUUCUAAACCCGUCCCCAAUGUCAGUAAUUCACUAAUGCGGCAGGUUACCCGCAUCUCUGCUGUGGUCGGUCCACAUGUUGCAGCUUCUGCAGCAGAGGCUGCUAUUACAGCCCUUUGUGAUGAAAAUCAAAUUCCAAAAGAAAUAUUUGAUCGCGAAGAAAAUGGCAACGAGUUACGGUUGUCUACACAGACAACCGAGUCUGACAGGAUUGGUCAAGGCAACGAUUCGGAGAUGGAUGCAAGGCCUAAUGAAUCAGAAAAGAGUAUAAUACCUUUACCACUACGGAUGAGAGCUACGACUGCAACAGCUCUGGGUGCCGCAGCUGCGCAUGCCAAGUUAUUAGCAAUCCAAGAAGAUCGAGAAGUUGAACGUUUAGUGUCGACCAUAAUUAAUACACAGUUGAAAAAGUUGCAAUAUAAGAUGGAGCUGUUGAAAGAGGUAGAGGCGAUAAUGGAGAAAGAGUUGAGUGAGAUGGCGGAGGUGGAAGAAUCAGUGGUGGGGGAGCGAAUGGAGGUGGUUCAGAAGGUGAUGGAUGCAGGGUUAAGUAGAUGGAGAGAUGGUCAUGGUAGUACGAUGGUGAAUGCGAAGCCUCCCCAUCCUCAACCUCAACCUCAAGUAGAGAUUAUGCUCUAACUUAAAAUAAUCUAAUCUAGAUUAGUGCCAGUGCUGCUUUUAUCUUAUCUUUUCUAAUAUAUUGAUUGAUCCAUCUGUAACAAAAAUGUAGAAUUUGUAUGAAUACUUAGUUUUUUUUUUAUA